UAUUAAACAUUGGAUAUUUGUUUUAUAAUUGUGAAGAAUUCUAUUUUACAAACUUUAUAGACUGAAGAGGACGAAUUUACACAUCAUCUUCAACACUAAAUUUUCAAGGUGGUGAAAUAUCUAGAGGUAUUCUUCAAUUUAAGGAUGGUCAAUUAUUAAACGAAUAUGGUGUAUUAGCAUUAAAGGUAUAUUUAGCAAAUGCGUUUGGGCUGGGGAAAAGAUCUAAAACAUAUCGUGUUAAAUGAGUUGACACCAAUAUGGAUGAAAUUUUGAUGAGCCCUGAUAAUAAUCUAUGGUUAAGGGCAGACGAACCUAUUAUGUUUUUAGCAUGCGCUUUAGAACUGAAGGGUUAUUAUAAAAACCCAAACGGUUUUAUUUCUAGAUUACCUAUACUUGUUGAUGCGACUUGUAAUGGUCUUCAACACCUGAGUGCCAUGGCUUGUGAUAUUCAGUUAGCUAAUAGAGUUAACAUUGCACAAUCCAAUAAUGAUGAUGAUAUUAGAGAUAUCUAUUCAGAAUUAAUUCCUAAUAUUGAUAAAAAGAUUAAAGAUUUAAUCACAAAAGAUAAUAACUAUAUUAACCUUUCAGAUUUAAAAGUGAAUAGAAAGUUGAUUAAAAGAGGCAUAAUGACUAUUACGUAUGGUGUUACCAAAAAAGGAAUUUUGGAUCAAUUAUUAUCCGAUCAGUUUUAUUUGUUUAGUUUAUUAAAUAAUAAAUAUAUAUAUAGAUCGAAGUAUGAUUAUAACGGAGAUGUCAACUUGACACUCAAAGAUUUGUGAGCUUUAAGUGAGAUUAUUUAUGAAACAUUAUUUGAGGUUCACCCUGUAUUAAAUAAUAUUAUGACGUAUUUUGAUGAUAUUGUUGAUCUAAUGAAUGCGUUGGGGUUAAAAAUUCAAUGAUAUACACCUAGUGGUUUAUUACUUAACCAGGAAUAUUGUUUAUUUACAAAGUAUGAUAUUACAACAGCAAUUAGGGGGAUAAAACCAAAAAAAAUUCGCUUGCAAAAACCAAAGAUAAACAAAAAGACAGGUUUAUUAGAAAUAGCUAAGGGAAAACAAAAACAGGGGUUUAUUCCUAACUAUGUUCAUUCGUUUGACGCCGCACAUGUUGUUUUAAUAGUCAAUAGAUUUAAUGAAUUAUAUAAUUUAAAGGUUAUAACUAUACAUGACUGUUUUGGUUGUCAUGCUAAUUAUAUUAAUACACUAUCAGAAGUUAUUAAAGAGUGUUUUAUAAAAAUGUAUAUAGAUC